AUGUACAAAAUCCUAAUGGCGGAGGAGACCAAGUCCCCACGAGAAGCAGCAUCUCAGGACAAGAAGGAGAACGAAAAGGCUGGAGUCAAGUCCAUGGCGGUACGUCUGGGGACUCUGAGCGAUGACAUUCGUCCUGCGCUAAGCGUAUUUAAUGUGAUUUUCUUUGCGUGUCUUCUGUGGGCUGGGUACCUGAACGGCCAACAUCUCCUGUUCUACGUGAUGAGUGUCUUCGCGUGUUCAGCUGUUGGUCGAACUCUGGACCGAACACCUCUGAACACGUUUAGGAGGUCUAGUUCGCGUUCGAACCGGGUUCAACAGCAAUGUCGAGGUGUUGCGUCAAAUGCCCAGUGCAUCCUCACCAAGAUGGCUAUGCCAACUUCCGCUGCGAACUGGCACUGGAAAAACAAAAUGUCACUCCAUGGGCAAAGGAAUGGUUUCAGCAAGACAGCUAUCGUAAUCGAAGGGACCGAGGGAAACAUUGCGAUUUAUUCAACGCGUCUCCCACCGGCGUUCGAGGCCAAGUUUGCCGAGUUCCCUGCAGCUCUCAUUGAUACCCACGGAAAGGACCUUACUGUCAAUGGUAAAGCUAGCCGCACAGGUACACCAGCUCCUUCUAUCAGUGCAACUCCUGCGACGGCCGCAUCAGCGUCUACCACCGUUCCAAAACCUGCCCCAGUCAAACAAGUCCAAAUGAACACGUCCAGUGUGGUCAAGGAAGCGACGUUUAUGGCCGCUGCAGAUGAUAUUUGUGGGCUCUUCACAGACGAAAAGAGAAUUCCUUCGUGGGCCCGAGUUCUGCUCCGUCAGCUGCGACGGCUCUAUGUGAAACCUACACAAAGGUUUCAGACAGGUUCAAACCUAUUCACCGUCAGCCGAACGGUGAACCUCUGGAGAGGUUCAGUCUUGGCCUGGGACCGGACUGUGGCAGCACUACUCCCAGCCAGUGAAGAUAUACUGCCCUCCGCAUUCACAUUAGCAGAAUCUUCAUCCAAUGCGCAACAACACCCCACGGUUCUCGUCGUCCCGUUCGGGAUUCAACAUGCUCGUCAAAGCAAAGCGCAACCCCUGGGAUAG